UCCGACCGUGAGGUUGUUUUAAAGGAAAACUCCAAGCAAAAUGCUAAAACUAUAAUUGAAUAAGGCCAAUUUAUAGCAUUUAAUUGCAUAAAUAGCCAGAGAAAACAUCAACAAAAUGUGGCAUUGGAGUUUGUUGCUUGUUUUCCUACUGGUUCCGUUGGCAAAUUCCACGGCUCCAAUAAGUUUUGAGGCAAAUCCGGACACCAAACGUCUCUAUGAUGAUUUGUUGAGCAACUACAAUCGAUUGAUAAGACCCGUUGUGAACAACACGGAGACCCUGACGGUUUGGUUAGGUCUGAAAUUGUCUCAGCUGAUUGAGGUCAAUCUGAAGAACCAAGUGAUGACCACCAAUCUGUGGGUGAAGCAGCGCUGGUUCGACUACAAGUUACGCUGGGAUCCGGAGGAAUAUGGUGGCGUAGAACAGCUCUAUGUGCCAUCCGAACACAUUUGGGUUCCGGACAUUGUGCUUUACAACAAUUGGGAUGGCAACUAUGAAGUAACCCUUAUGACCAAAGCCACUCUUAAAUACACGGGUGAAGUCUUUUGGGAGCCACCGGCUAUUUACAAGUCAUCCUGUGAAAUGAAUGUGGAAUACUUUCCAUACGACGAACAGAUCUGCUUUAUGAAAUUCGGUUCAUGGACCUACAAUGGCGCUCAGGUGGACCUUAAACAUUUGGAUCAGGUGAAAUUCAUAUAUCACUUAAUAUAGAAUCGUUAUUAAUCAAUAUUUUAAUAGGUUCCUGGCAGUAACCUAGUGCAAGUGGGCAUCGACCUGACCGAAUUUUAUUUGUCUGUGGAAUGGGAUAUACUAGAAGUGCCGGCUACUAAAAAUGAGGAAUAUUACCCUGACACAUUGGAACCGUUUUCAGAUAUAACAUUCAAGUUGACCAUGAGACGUAAAACUUUGUUCUAUACUGUCAAUUUGAUUGUGCCUUGUGUGGCUUUAACAUUCCUCACGGUGUUGGUAUUUUAUUUGCCAAGCGAUUCGGGCGAGAAGGUUACGUUAUGUAUUUCAAUACUCGUGUCGUUGACCGUGUUUUUCCUGCUCUUGGCCGAAAUUAUCCCCCCAACCUCGUUGGCGGUGCCCCUGCUGGGCAAGUAUCUGCUCUUUACCAUGAUACUCGUCUCGCUGUCCGUCUGGACAACGGUCUGUGUGCUGAACAUCCACUUCAGGUCCCCCUCGACGCACAACAUGUCGCCGCUGGUGCGAAAACUCUUCCUGCACUUCAUGCCCAAGCUGAUGAUGAUGCGCCGGACGCAGUACACCCUGCCCGACUACGACGACUCCACGCCGAGCAAUGGCUACACCAACGAGAUCGAUGUGCGUGACAGCAUCAGCGAUUUUCCCAGCGAGUUUAAGGACAGUCAGGAUGGCGCUUACGAUAAUGGCAUGCAGAACUCUGUGGAUUCCGACAAUGUGAUACCGCGCAACUUAACACCCGAAGUGCUGCAGGCGUUGCGUGCGGUCAGAUUUAUUGCGCAGCAUAUCAAGGAUGCCGACAAGGAUAACGAGAUUGUGGAGGAUUGGAAAUUCGUAUCGAUGGUGCUGGACCGCUUCUUCCUCUGGCUCUUCACGCUGUCCUGCGUUUUCGGGACCCUGGCCAUAAUAUGUCAGUCGCCGUCGCUCUAUGACACCCGGUCGCCCAUCGACCGCCAGCUGAGCGAGAUUCCGCUGCGUAAAAACAAUUUCAUGCUGCCGCCGGACAUUGUCCGUCAGGUCCUAACCUAAUUGGGGUCCCGAGGUCGUCCCGAGGUCUUCCCGUCUGAGUUAACACAAUGCUUCCGACUCUCGCCACUCGCCACUCGCAACUCGGAACCAGUUUUAAUGGAACGCAAUCAAAUCGGUUGUUUCCCGGGGAACAUUGCAACGAUUUAUGUGUUAAGUGUUUAUCACCCUGCAAUACUGUAAAACCAAAUUAGCUAUAAAACGAAAACUUAAUAAAAAAUUCUGUUUAA